AUGACCGCGAUGAUGGGUGACCACGAGUACCUCACAACAGCACUGUCUUUGAUCAACGCCAUAGUCAAUAGUCCCGAAGAGGUGGAUGAACGUGUGCAUCUGCGUACCGAGUUUUCACGUCUCGGAUUUGACAACAUCAUUCUCAAGUUUAAGAAACUGCAGUAUGAAGAAGCACCCGAGUUGGUGACACAGGUCGAUGUCUAUGAAGAGGAGAACCGUGCCGAUCAGGAAGAGUUGUUUGACAAGUUUUCAGGACUCGAUAUCAACAUUGAGAAUCCCAAAGAGGUGUUUGACGCGAUUCUCGAGCAGAGCAAGAAUGUCCUCUACCACCCCUUCCUCCACACACUCCAGUGUCUCUUGUCGAUCCCAUCUGACAAUGACACGGGCAUGUUGCAGUGGUUCCUCAUUGAAAAGCUCAUUCUCCAAGUGUCGUCGAGCAAGUCCAUUGUCGGCGACGGCGACGACCGCGUCAACCUCGAGGAACUCCUCACUGUGGCCGGCCCGUCGGUCGCCAUGCAAAGCCAGCUGCAAUCGGUCACUGAAGAACUCCAAAAAACAAAAGAUGUCCUCAAAAAGACACAAUUCGAUCUCAACAUGGCAAACACUGAACUAUCGUCUCGAUCACAAGAAACAAGUGUACUUAAAAGUAAUAUGUUUAAUACUGUUAAAAUGAAGAAUCAAGAGCUCUCCAAACUACGUGGAACCAUCAGACAAUUGGAUAGUGGAUUCUUUACUCCUCCAUCUGCUUCUGAAAUUGAUUUUUCUGCCCCAAAGGAUAAUAAUACAAAUAGUACUAGUACAGGUAGCAAUGGUAAUGGAUCUACUACUUUACCAAAAUCAACUUCAACUUCUUCAUUAUCAUCAUCAACAGACAACAAGAAAUCUGAAAAGGAAAAAGAAAAAGAAAAGAAAAAAGAAAAGAAAGCAGAAAAGGAAAGAGAGAAAGAAAAAGAAAAGGAGAAACAACAACAACAACAACAACCAAAACCAGCAUUGAAAAAAGAACCAUCAUCUUCUAAAAUUAUUAAAGAUACUACUAACGAACCAACAACACCACCAACUAUUGCAUCACCACCACCUCCACCUCCUCCACCAAUGAGUGGACCACCUCCACCACCACCUCCACCAGGAGGACCACCACCUCCACCUCCUCCACCUGGUAUGGGAGGACCCCCACCUCCUCCAGGUGGACCACCACCCCCACCAGGUAGCGGUCCACUCGGCCUGUUUAAGGCAACCCCAGCACCAAAGUUUAAUGUUGCCAAGCCAUCAACCAAAGUCAAGCAAUUGCAAUGGACCAAGUUGCCACAACGAAAGAUUGGUGAGACCAUUUUCAACAAGUUGGGAACCAAUAUAAAGACUGAUUGGUUAGACACGCAACAAUUGGAAAGUUUAUUUAUUGCACAAGAGGCUGCCUCUGCCAGCGGUGCUUCCACUAAAAAAGAGGAAAAGGUGGCCAAGCCAGGAUCAGUCAUUGUCAUUGACGGUAAAAAGGCUCAAAACAUUGCCAUCUACCUAUCAAAGUUUAAAUGUACCAUACCAGAAAUCAAAAAUGCAAUUUACACCCUCGAUGAAGAAAUUUUAAAUGUAGAAACUCUUAAAUUACUUGAUCAAUAUUUACCAACUGAUGAAGAUAUGGAAAGUAUUAAAGAUUAUUUAAAAACAGGAGAAUUAAAAAUGUUAUCAAAAGCAGAACACUUUUUAAUAGAAUUGGAAACCGUAACCAAUCUAAGAGAACGUGUUAAAUCCUUUUUAUUAAAGUCAACAUUCCCAGAUAAACUUCGUGAAAUCAAACCAGACUUGGAAUUGUUUACAAACGCAUGUAAACAAACCACCAAGAGUACUAACUUUUUAAAGGUUAUUGAAGUUGUUUUGGUUAUUGGUAACUUUUUAAAUGGUGGUAGUGCAAGAGGUGAUUGUUUUGGUUUUAAAUUAGAUGCUCUAUUAAAAUUGACAGAUACAAAAACAUUUAAUAACAAAUCAAAUUUAUUGGUUUAUAUAAUUAGUGAAUUGGAAUUAAAGUUCCCAGAUGCAUUAAUGUUUAUCGAUGAAUUGGAUGAUGUCCCAGCAGCUGGAAAGAUUUCAUUGUCAAUGGUACAGGCCGAUCUCAAUCGGUUAAAGAAGGAUUUGGAGCAGGUGGUAGAGGGUGUUGGCAAGAUGAAGAGAUCACGACAGGAAUCAUUCUUUUUCGAGACAAUGGACGAGUUUAUGAAGGAUGCAAACAUUGAAAUCAAGAUUGCUUUUGAGCAAUUCGAGCAGGCAGACAAAGAAUUCCAAAAGUUGGCAGUCAUGUUUGGUGAAGACCCCAAGAUGCCUUCGGAAGAACUCUACUCGUAUUUGGCCAAGUUCUUGGCCACCUUUGACAAGUGCUACAAGGAUCUUCAAAUUGAAAAAGAGGCCGCUGAACGUGCUGCCAAACGUGAGGCUGCCAAGGCGAGAAAGGCAGCCAUUGUAAAAAAGACGGCAGCUGCCAAUGCCUCCUCUGCAAAGGGUAUCGUAGGCUCUGGUAGUCAGUCCAAGGGUACCGCCCCACAAGAUGGUAUGGUCGAUGAUAUUUUGCAAACUGUUCGUGACGGUGAUGCAUUCAAACAAAGAAGACAACGUGUCAAGGCUGCUCCCUCAGAUUCAUCAUCAUCAACUUCUACAACUUCAACUACCUCUUCUGAAAAGGGUGGAGCAGGACAAUCAUCUCAAGACAAGGCAUCAGCAGGUACACUCUCCAAGGGAUCAAAGCAAGUUGAGAAUGGUAGUGACGCUGCAGGCAAAAUGGGCGGUAAAGAUUUGACGGUUGCUGCCAAAGCUCUUACUGUUGUAAUGCGUGCUCGUCAAACCUAUUCAAGAGCUGACCAAAUCAAUUUCGAUUCACCAGAUGAUCCAUCAUCCUCAUCCACUGGAAAAAAAUAA